UGCCAGUUAAUAUAAAUUUUUUUGGAGAUUUUUUGUUCAUCCAUUUUAGAAUUACAGUCUCGUCGUAAACCUUCUCUCUCUCUCUCUCUCUGUGGGUUUUGCUGUCUGGCUCUGGAAUUUUCUUCCAGCUUUCAUCUUCAAAUUGGAGAUUAAGUGGAAGACCAUGUUGUUGCAUUCUUGGAGUGUUUAUCCUUGUUCUUCUUCUUCCUCACUCAAACUUGGUUUGGGAAGCCUUCAAAAUCUCCUUAUUGGGUUCAAAAACCCAAAGCGCUCCUACAUAUCCACUCGUCCCAGAGCUCAGUUCUCUCAAGAAAUCGCUCAGCUCGUCCAAAACAAGGUCUUGAUUGCAGCUGGUGCUUCGGCGGCAAUUGGGCAGCUGUCUAAGCCUUUCACUUCUGUACUACUUUAUGGCAGAGAUUUCGAUCUCAAGGCCGUUAUUCGGGCUGGGGGCUUCCCUUCUACCCAUUCCUCUGCAGUGGUAGCUACUGCAACAUGUCUUGGUCUUGAAAGGGGUCUCUCAGAUUCAAUAUUUGGGUUAACCAUCGUUUAUGCAGGCCUUAUUAUGUAUGAUGCUCAGGGUGUAAGAAGAGAAGUAGGAAUUCAUGCAAAGACACUAAACAAAGUCCUGCAAGCAAAGCCAGAGGCGAAUAAUAUUAAUGAUAAUAUUCCAACCAGGCAAACAGAUACUAUUGAUUAUUUUCAAUCUGGAAUUUUGGAGAGCCGUGGCCCUAAGUUGUCGAAGGAAGGAAGAUAUGUUACAUCAAAACCAGCAAAUGCUCUUUUAGUAUCGAAAUCAGAGAAUGAAACAAAGCAAAGUAAUGAGGUGCAGAUUCCUUGUGGAGUUGCAGGUGAUAUUGUUGAGGAAAGAAAUAUGAAUUCUUUUAUUUCAACUUAUCCAUUAAAAGAAUCAGUAGGACACACUGAGGUUGAAGUUGCAGCGGGUGCUUUGUUAGGUUUCUUGGUAAGCUUGGCUGUAUAUGCCGUGCUAUGAUAUUAUAAGAGAUGAUAAUUCAUUGUUUUUAUAUAUAUAUCUAUAGUUCCACAUUCAAUACAAAACAGUGAAAGUAUACAAAUCAUUGACCUUUUUUUUUUUUUUUUGGUCUUGUAUGUGAUCAAUAUCAUUAUGUAUCUCUUGUUUCUUUUCUAUAUAUUGAUCUAUGUAUUAAGGAAUUAAUUGAGGAAUGGAUAGGAGGUGGUAGAAGGUAGUGGUGUGGAUGCAUGCAUAGAUGCUGAAUCAUUAGAUGUCUAGUUGGUAAUAAAUGAACACAUGUGCAUGUAAGCUCAUAUAAGUUGGUAGGGAAGAGGGAUGUAUAUGAGCCACAUCUGCAUGUCAGCUUUUAAAUUUGGAUCAUCGUAUUUCUAUAUAUAAUUAAGCUAAGCUAAGCUAAGCUAGAUAGCUAUAGAAACAGGACCCUACUCCAUGUCCAUAAUCAAUUAUAAUAUACCUAUUUCACUUUUGUCUUUCUUAUUUAUGUGUGUGUGUAUAUAUAUAUAUAUAUAGAGUUUAUUACAUGUAAUAUAUAUAUAUAUAUAUAUAUAUAUAGAAUUUAUUACAUGUACAUGAUACAUAAUUAUGUAAAUUAAUAAAAAUAAAAUCUACUUAAUUAGUCCAUUUCCCCCUCUCCCUCAGCUGCCAUCCCUUUACAUUAUAUUAAUAUUUACUUAUUGUUGAUUGUGAUUGAUGAGUACUCUAUUUAUGUAUAUAUCUAUAUGGUCAUUAAAUGAAAGUAUAAAUUUUGCAUUCCUUUGGGAACUAUCUAAACAAAUAUAUUUUACUAUCUAAACAACCAUAUCAUGCACCUUGCCUUCUGGAAUCACUGAGAAUUUGGUAAGCCAGCCAAUACAAAGAAAAACCAUAGCUUGCCAAAUGUUCAUCUAGAUCUAUCUGGCGUCCAAUAAAGUGCUCAAUUGGAGAAUUCAGUGGAUUUGUAUCAUCUAUUGGCAGAAAUACUUACAAACAAUCCUUCUACGAAGUUCUGGUGUAAGAAAUAGGAGCUCCUGAAGCAUUUCAUGAACUCUUUCCAUCAAAAGUCUACAAAGAUGCUCUAUCCUCACCAAUGAUUCUAGGUUUGACAUUUGGUUGCUCUGGUCUAGGCAGCCUUUUGAGCAAUUUGGUGUGGCUGAUAAUAGUUGUGCUGUUGGUAAUGCAUUUGGAAGUAGGACAAGUUCUGUUAGUCACGAAGAUUUUCAACUGCAGAUUCAGAGGCCAAGCUUCUUUGUUCCUUUAGAUAUUGCAUUGAGAAGCUUCAAGAUCGGAAGUGUGAUUGGUUGUUUUAAAAGAAUGAUGGGGAUUGUGAGGCUGCUAGAGAGAAAUUCCAUUAUGAUGCUAAAACUAGAGAGAUGAAUCGUGGAACUACAACCCUUAGUAUGUUUCUUCUGAUCGGAAAUUUUCUGCAUGAAGAAUAAGGAUGGAACUUUUACUCAGUUUAUGGCUCCUCAGUCCCUCAUUGUAAGGAGGGCUUUGUUUUGAGUACAGAUUUCAUUAUAACCUUUGGGUUCCAGUGCAUAUGUUGGAUUUUUGACCUCUCACUUUUGAAAGCCAACUGGAGCUAUCAGGAAAAUAUAUAUAUAUACACAACCAUCUUCCGUAACUGGCAAAGCGGCUUUCCCAAAGGGAAAAGAAAAGCCGGCUUCUGUACUAAAAUGGUGGAAGUGACAAUAAUCUUACAAACACUCCUGAAGGGCCUGGUUCAGAGAAGGCUCCAACAUCUGCACUAUGGUUCAUAGCUUUAUGCUCAAAGCUUUAUUUCGAGUUUGCAUCAACUGGGUUAUUGAGUUGUUUUAUUUUGAUUUUGGAAAGAAGCUCAAGUUCUGCUCCAACUGUUAUUGGGUCUCUCUCUCUCUCUCUCUGUGUAUCGAAGCCAUCAGCUGCAAAUGUUAUUUCUAUGUACAUUAACAUAUACAUAGGACUUGUAGCAGAGUUAAAUGGGUAGAAGGGUGGACAAGUUGAUCAUUGCAAUAUUGGUGUUGCUUUGUGUGACAGCAUUUAACUAGGACUGGUGAAUGGCAAGGCCAAUGUUGGUGGUGUUGCUUUUGCUCCACAAAAAAAAGAGGCCCUAAAAACUCUUCUUUAAGGUGCUAAUGUUUGAUGGAACAUGAAAGGCCAUCCAAAAGUCCAGACCUUUUAGUGGUGAUUUCUUAACUGCUCUUUGCCAGUGAAGAAAUUUAAAGGUAAAGUAAGUCUUCUUAUUCAUGCUCAGUGUCCUGCAUGCUUUUUUGGUAAGGUCAGUGUCCUCUAUGCUUUGGAACUAAAGAGACAACCUACCUUAUCACUCAAUGCCCAUGGGCUAAAGUGUUGAUAAAAAGUGGUAUUUUAAUGCCAUGCUAAACGGAAUGAAAUUUGUAACUGUUGACUUUACGAGGUCAAAUAAAGUUCAAGAUUAAUGACAAAUUAAUUUAACUGUUAAAAAUUAAUAACAUAUUAAUUUAACUAUUACAAUGAAUUAAUUAAAUAAUGAAUUUUUAAUUUAAUUGACUGUUACAAAAUUAAAUGAAAUUUUACGAAAUUAAUUGGUGGAAUUAAUUAGCUGAUUGAAUACCUUUGCAUGGAUGAGUAUAUAAAUUGACAUCAAUUCCUCAGUUUUCAUAAGUGUGUUUAGAAGAAGCUUUUGAGCUUUUUUCUCCAUGUCUAUCAAGAGUACUCUUUAGCAAGUUAUAGAUUUUCAGUGUAAUAUAGUUUAGACAAAUUUAAGUUUGUGAGAGAGAAGUUGCAAUGGUGCAAGAUUUUGAAAUUUUUGUACCUCUGUUGUAUCCUAAGAAAUAAACACAUCUAAAUUCACUAGUACAAUGAAAGGGUGAAUUUGUUUUAAAAGACAAUGUCUGGAACACAUGCCUUACAUCAAUUUUCAAAUCCUUCAUACAUAUUUCAUUGUUUAUACUAAGUUUUUAUACUAAUAUUUUGUUUAAUAUUUUUUGUAAAUAUUAUUUUUAAUUGUCUAGAUAAUUUUUGUUAGAAAUUUUAUGCUUUUUGUAUUCUAUUAUUUUUUAUGCUCCUUGUACUUGCUAUUUUUAUAUAAUUUUCUAACUUUUUCUAACAUAAAGCUGCAUGGUUUAAUAGCAAAUUUAAUUGGAAAUUUGUAUUCCUAUGCUUAGCCCAAUAAUAAAAGUAUAAGAAUUAUACUUUUAGGUCUCGAGUUUUAACCUUGAUUGGGUAAAAUCUCUCCUCUAGUUGCAAUAAGAUUAGUGUUUACUCCCCCCACAAAAAAAAAAAAAAAAAGAAAAAAGAAAAAAAAAUUGAUGAAAAUCUAGAGAUGGAUUCUUUUUAUUGGUUCAAAGAAGCAGAUCCAUUUCAAACCCUUCACUCUGCCAUAGGAGUUUUGGUUGGAAUUUUCUCAACAACCAAGUAUUCAUGUUGCUGGCUUUCACAAUGAAAAAUAGGGUCAUGGAUUCAGUACACGCCUCCUCUAAUUGGUCCCCUUCUCCAGAUGAAUCAUUAAUAUUAAUUUUGAUGGGGGCUUUUGUUACCAUCUCCAAAUCUACCAUAAUAGGAAUCAUUGCUCGAAACCUAAAUGCAGCAUUGGUCUAAUGCUGUCAUGUUGUCACUCCAUGUGAUUCAAGCUUAAAAGGACAAUAUAUGGGCUUAUUUCUGCGUGUGCACAGGCAAUUAAUGAGGGUGGGAGAAAUGUCAUUUUUUGAAGGUGACACAAAAAACUCGUGGAUGAUAUGAAAGAUAGGUUAUGUUGGCUGGGCAACCUCAAAGUUCCUCAUGUUUUCAGAGAAGCCAGUGAAGGUGACCCUAAAAACUCGUGGAUGAUAUUAAAGGUAUGUUAUGUUGGCUGGGCAACCUCAAAGUUCCUCAUGUUUUCAGAGAAGCCAGUGAAGGUGACCCAAAAAACUCGUGGAUGAUAUUAAAGAUAUGUUAUGUUGGCUGGGCAACCUCAAAGUUCCUCAUGUUUUCAGAGAAGCCAGUGAAGGUGACCCAAAAAACUCGUGGAUGAUAUUAAAGAUAUGUUAUGUCGGCUGGGCAACCUCAAAGUUGUUAUGUCGGCUGGGCAACCUCAAAGUUCCUCAUGUUUCUGGAGAAGCCAGUGGAGCUGCAGAUUAGCUUGCAAAAGUAGAGAGAAAAGGAGCUCUUACCUCAAGAUGGGGAAUUUGUUGUACCUAUUGAUUUUCUAUCUGCUCUUAACCAGGAUAUAAAUGGUUGUAAUCCGUUUUGGAAUGGAACUUUCAUAUUGACCCAAUAAAUGAAAACAAAACAGUAAUAAUAAUAAUAAUAAAAUAACUGAAUAAAUAUAUCAAGUAA